GGUGCCGCUGCGCCGGGGCCCGGGAGGCUGCGCGCCGAGCCGAGCCGAGCCAGGGAGGGAUGGAGAGCGGGCCGCCCGGGCUACAGGAGCACCGGCAAGGGGCGUAGGCGGGCGAGAAGCGGGCGCUGGGGCACGAUAAGUGUGCAGACGCAGGAGCACUUUGCGAUAGGAUGAGGCUCUUGGCUGGCGCGCGGUAGUACUAUGAUUUGGUAUGUGGCCACUUUGAUAGCAAGUGUGAUCAGCACCCGAGGUCUUGCGGCUCAAGGUGCCCACGGCCUGCGAGAGGAACCCGAGUUUGUGACUGCUCGAGCCGGUGAGGGUGUUGUCCUGAGAUGCGACGUGAUCCAUCCAGUGACGGGACAGCCCCCGCCCUAUGUUGUAGAGUGGUUCAAGUUUGGGGUCCCCAUCCCUAUUUUCAUCAAGUUUGGCUACUAUCCCCCACACGUGGACCCUGAGUAUGCAGGCCGGGCCAGUCUUCACGACAAAGCAUCUCUGCGGCUGGAGCAGGUGCGCUCGGAGGACCAGGGCUGGUACGAAUGCAAAGUCCUCAUGCUGGACCAGCAGUAUGACACAUUCCACAACGGCAGCUGGGUCCACCUCACCAUUAAUGCCCCCCCCACCUUUACAGAAACACCCCCCCAGUACAUUGAGGCCAAGGAAGGUGGAAGUAUUACCAUGACUUGCACUGCUUUUGGGAACCCUAAGCCCAUUGUCACCUGGCUCAAGGAAGGGACCCUCCUCGGUGCUAGUGGAAAGUACCAGGUGAGUGACGGCAGCCUGACGGUGACAUCGGUCAGUCGGGAAGACAGAGGAGCCUAUACCUGCCGAGCAUACAGCAUCCAGGGUGAGGCUGUGCACACAACUCAUCUGCUUGUUCAAGGGCCUCCCUUCAUUGUUUCCCCUCCUGAGAACAUCACCGUCAACAUCUCCCAGGAUGCUCUGCUUACCUGCAGGGCAGAGGCGUAUCCUGGCAACCUCACCUACACGUGGUACUGGCAGGAUGAGAAUGUGUACUUCCAGAAUGACCUGAAGCUAAGGGUGCGGAUCCUGAUUGACGGGACGCUGAUUAUCUUCCGAGUGAAGCCAGAGGAUGCUGGAAAGUAUACCUGCGUCCCUAGCAACAGCCUGGGGCGCUCCCCUUCUGCCUCGGCAUACCUGACUGUGCAGUACCCAGCCCGUGUCCUCAACAUGCCCCCUGUCAUUUAUGUGCCCGUGGGAAUCCAUGGCUAUAUCCGCUGUCCUGUGGAUGCAGAGCCACCCGCUACUGUGGUGAAGUGGAAUAAGGAUGGCCGGCCACUGCAGGUAGAGAAGAACUUGGGGUGGACCUUGAUGGACGAUGGCUCUAUUCGCAUUGAGGAGGCCACAGAGGAGGCUCUUGGCACUUACACCUGUGUGCCUUACAACACCCUGGGGACUAUGGGCCAGUCUGCCCCUGCACGGCUUGUCCUAAAAGACCCCCCGUAUUUCACGGUGCUACCAGGCUGGGAGUACAGGCAGGAGGCCGGCCGGGAGCUGCUCAUUCCCUGCGCAGCUGCAGGGGACCCCUUCCCUGUCAUCACCUGGAGGAAGGUAGGGAAGCCCAGCAGAAGCAAGCACAACGCCCUGCCCAGUGGGAGUCUCCAGUUCCGUGCCCUGAGUAAGGAGGACCAUGGGGAGUGGGAAUGUGUUGCCACCAAUGUGGUCACAAGCAUCACUGCCAGCACCCACCUCACUGUCAUCGGCACCAGUCCCCACGCCCCAGGCAGUGUCCGGGUCCAGGUCUCCAUGACAACUGCCAAUGUGUCCUGGGAGCCAGGCUAUGAUGGAGGCUAUGAGCAGACAUUCUCAGUUUGGUACGGACCUCUGAUGAAGCGGGCUCAGUUUGGGCCCCACGACUGGCUGUCCUUGUCAGUGCCACCGGGCCCCAGCUGGUUGCUGGUAGACAGCUUGGAGCCUGAGACCGCAUACCAGUUCAGUGUCCUGGCCCAGAACAGGCUGGGAACCAGCGCCUUCAGUGAGGUGGUCACUGUGAACACUUUAGCAUUCCCCAUUACAACUCCAGAACCCCUGGUGCUGGUGACCCCACCAAGGUGCCUCACAGCCAACCGGACCCAGCAGGGUGUGCUCCUGUCCUGGCUCUCACCUGCCAACCACAGCUUCCCCAUCGACCGCUAUAUCAUGGAGUUCCGAGUCGGGGAACGCUGGGAGAUGCUGGAUGAUGCCAUCCCAGGCACUGAUGGAGACUUUUUUGCCAAGGAUCUGUCACAGGAUACGUGGUAUGAGUUCCGGGUUUUGGCUGUCAUGCAGGAUCUGAUCAGCGAGCCCAGCAACAUCGCCGGCGUCUCCAGCACAGACAUCUUCCCACAGCCGGACCUGACCGAUGAUGGGCUGGCCCGGCCCGUGUUGGCUGGGAUAGUGGCCACCAUCUGCUUCCUGGCGGCCGCCAUCCUCUUCAGCACUCUGGCUGCCUGCUUUGUCAACAAGCAGCGGAAGCGCAAGCUCAAGCGGAAGAAAGAUCCUCCGCUCUCCAUCACUCACUGUAGGAAGAGUCUUGAAUCUCCCUUGUCCUCGGGCAAGGUGAGUCCUGAGAGCAUCCGCACUCUCCGAGCCCCAUCUGAAUCCUCUGACGACCAGGGCCAGCCUGCAGCCAAGAGGAUGCUGAGCCCCACAAGGGAAAAAGAGCUGUCCUUGUACAAAAAGACCAAGAGGGCUAUCAGCAGCAGGAAGUAUAGCGUGGCCAAGGCUGAGGCUGAGGCUGAGGCCACCACACCCAUUGAGCUGAUCAGCAGAGGUCCGGAUGGCCGCUUUGUCAUGGGCCCUUCUGAGAUGGAGCCCGCGGUGAAGGGCCGGCGAAUCGAGGGCUUCCCCUUCGCUGAGGAGACCGACAUGUACCCCGAGUUCCGGCAGUCAGACGAGGAGAAUGAAGACACCCUGGUGCCCACGUCUGUGGCUGCUCUGAAGCCUCAGCUGACCUCUAUGUCUUCCAGCCAGGACCCUUACUUGCCACCACCAGCAUACAGCCCUCGGUUCCAGCCUCGUGGGCUCGAGGGCCCUAGUGGACUGGGAGGACGGCUCCAGGCUACUGGCCAAGCGAGGCCCCCUGCCCCUCGGUCCUUCCACCACGGCCAGUAUUAUGGGUACUUGAGCAGCAGCAGCCCUGGGGAGGUGGAGCCUCCACCCUUCUAUAUGCCAGAAGUGGGCAGCCCCUUGAGCUCGGUCAUGUCAUCCCCACCCCUGCACACCGAGGGGCCUUUUGGCCACCCCACCAUCCCUGAGGAAAAUGGAGAGAAUGCUUCCAACAGCACUUUGCCCUUGACUCAGACACCUACAGGAGGGCGCUCCCCUGAGCCCUGGGGCCGGCCAGAAUUUCCCUUUGGGGGACUGGAGACCCCAGCUAUGAUGUUCCCCCAUCAGCUGCACCCCUGUGAUGUGGCCGAGAGUUUGCAGCCCAAGCCCUGCCUGCCCCGAGGACUGCCCCCAACCCCCCUCCAGGUGCCUGCAGCCUAUCCAGGCAUGCUAUCUCUGGAGGCGCCAAAAGGCUGGGUUGGCAAGUCACCUGGCAGGGCCCCCAUCCCGGCGCCCCCUGCCACCAAGUGGCAGGACAGACCUAUGCAACCUCUGGUCAGCCAAGGGCAGCUAAGACAUACCAGCCAAGGUAUGGGGAUACCGGUGUUGCCUUACCCCGAGCCAACCGAGCCCGGGGGGCACGGUGGCCCCAGCACAUUUGGCCUGGAUACCCGGUGGUACGAGCCCCAGCCCAGGCCCCGGCCCAGUCCCCGGCAGGCCCGGCGUGCCGAGCCCAGUUUACAUCAAGUGGUGCUACAGCCCUCCCGGCUCUCACCUCUGACCCAAAGCCCCCUCAGUUCCCGCACUGGCUCCCCUGAGCUCGCUGCUCGAGCCCGACCUCGACCAGGCCUACUGCAGCAGGCUGAGAUGUCAGAGAUUACCCUCCAGCCGCCAGCCGCGGUCAGCUUCUCUCGCAAGUCCACGCCGUCCACCGGAUCUCCUUCACAGAGCAGCCGCAGUGGGAGCCCCAGCUACAGACCCACCAUGGGCUUCACCACUCUGGCCACAGGCUAUCCUUCUCCUCCACCGGGACCUGCUCCUCCCGCCCCAGGGGACAACUUGGAUGUGUUUGGACAGACACCUUCCCCUCGGAGAAUGGGGGAGGAGCCACUCCGGCCAGAUCCCCCAACAACCUUACCUAGUUCAGGAAUACUUCCACCUGCACCCGGGAACGCUGCUGUGCCUGAGAGGCUGGAGGCUCUGAGAUACCAACGGAUAAAGAAGCCCAAAAAGUCAUCCAAGGGCUCUUCGAAGUCAAAGAAACGAUCCGACGGUUCUGCCUCCCAGGCUCAGCAGCUUCCCAACUCUCAGGUUCUGUCGCCCGACGAAGCUGUCUGCCUCCGAAAGAAGAAGAGACAUUCUCGUCCUGAUCCCUUUGCCCGACUUUCGGACUUAUGCCACCGUCAGCUUCCAGAGGACCAGACGGCAAUCCUCAACAGCGUGGAUCAUGAUGACCCAGGCCACGCUACUCUGCUAUGACUUGACGUCACUCUAAGUGUCCCCAGGGUGGGGUGCUAGGCCUAGGGGGCAGAGCGGGACCAUUGUACAGGGCCUUGUCCUCCUCUGCCCAUCGUGGGAUGGCUCAGGCCCUUGUCCGAUGUGUGUCCCCCCCUGCCCGUGGGCCUCUCUCUCCCCUACCAUCUGGCUGGCUAGCCUUGCCCACAGGACAGAGGACUGGGGGAAGAGCUUUUAUCUGUGGGUCAGAGCUGGGAGUGUGUGAGGACAGGAAGCGUCUGUCUCAACACCAUCUCUCCCACCUUACUUGAUUCUUCUCACCUCUUCAAAUGUCUUAGGGAGUGAGGAAGAGAAAAGCAAUGGCUUUUACUACUUUGUGUUUGUUUCCGUUUUCCAAGUCCUGAGAGGGGGUUAGAAUUAUUUCCUAUCCUCCAAACUCCACAUAUAUAUAGAUAUAGAUACAAAUACACUUGUGUGUAGUUGGUGGGUUUCUCUAUGUGUAUAUAUAUGUACAUUGAAGCAAAGUGCCGUCUCCCCCCUGUGGUAGGUGAAGGACUGAACAGCUGGGCUUCGUAAGCAGGCCGGCCUGUGGGCUGGUGGGUGCCCUCAUGUCUGUCUUGGGAGAUCAUUCUGACUGAAACAGGAGUCAUGCCUCUCAGCUGAAUUCACCAUCCUUUCCAGCCUCUUCCAUCUAGAGCAGAAAAGGGACCUUGCUGUGAUUCCUAGCUCCCUGCUUGGGGUCCUAGCAACAAGUUAACCCCUGAACUAAUCCCAAGCCUUUAUUACUUGCUUGCUAGGUGAGGAAGGCAUGGCCAGGCUCCAGGCCAGACUGCCAUCUUCCUUUCUUCUGCAUUUUGGCACUCACCCGAGAAGCAGCGGUUGUUUAGCAGUGGGGAUGACAGGCAGGCCUGGUGUACAAUCCCUUGUUCAUGUGGCCAUGCCUCCAUCUCUUCUGGUCCAGCCAGGGCUAGGAACCUUGAAGCCAAAGGCCCUUCUGUUCCGCAGCCACCUGUGCUGAGCACCAAGCUACCACAGCUCUAUUUAUACCCAUCUUGGCUCUGAACUCAGAGCACCGCUCCCCCGCGGCCGAUUGGCUCCUCCUUUCCUUUUGUGUUUGCUAAUUCUCCAGAUUGAUUAAUUGCCAUUUGUGGGAGCUUGCCUGCGGCUCCUUGGCAUACUCCCUGUGUGCUGCCUGCCAACUCUGCUUUGCCCCGGGGUCCUUCUCCACCCCCUGGGCCCAAUCUCCAGUGCAUGAGAUGAACAAGUGAGGGGACUUCAGGUUGUUGAGCUCUGGGGUGCCCUUUCCUCACUGCUCCUGCAUGGAGCUGUCUGAGGCACCGGAAUGAUGACAGAAGUAGCAGUGGGUAGGCACCAGGGCCCUGAUCCUUUCUCUGUACAAAUCCUGUCCUGGCCAAACUGUUAGCAUCCCGGUUUUCCUGAUGCCAUUUGUCAAUUCAGAUGCUUCUCUCUCUCCUUAAACAGUUCUGAUGUUGCUCAAGAGUAGACAAGGGGGAGAGCGGACCCGCCCUCUCCUCCCCUCCUGCUUUGCCUAAAGUAUAACUGUCAGCUUCCGGGAAGUAUUCCUUCUUGGUGCUGCUGUAUCCAUCGCUCCCCAGAGACCUCCUCGGACAUUAGCCCCGUCUGCUGGAAGGCUUCUGCUGCUCCCACAGAAGCUGCCAGUCACUCGGCCUCGUGACUUUGCUGAGGUCCCAGGGGCUGGGACACUGAGCUUUUCUCGGCACUUCCAUCUUGGGGGAUGGACUGCAUCUCUGCAGCCAGGCCUUGGUGCUUCCUUCUCGCUCCCAGUGAGCUAGGGAUGGACCCUACAGUUGAGGCUUCACCACACAAGCCACACCACCGCAGCUUUCUUCUGGAUAUAGGAGAAAGAGGUGCUGAGGGCAGAGUUCCUUUUGCUCUGAGGUUAGGCCGUGGACCUUGAACUGUCCACCUGAUGUGAUGCUCAGAGGUGUUGGGGGCCAUGGGCCCUCUGGACCUCAGCUCUGACAAAGUAGAAGAGUUGAGUUGGAAGACUCGCUCCUUUUUCAGCAGGGGGCCACCGCUUCUGCCACUGUGCCACAAUGGGCUGCUCCCUCAAGUGUCUCCCACAGUGACUGGGAACCAAUCUACCUGCAAUGCUGGGGUAGCGUUUGGAGGCUCGCGGUGGCCUUGCGUGUGGUCUUUGCUUGCUCUCUCACACCACGUGACUCCUGUGGUCUUUGCUUGCUCUCUCACACCACGUGACUCCUGAAGCUUGAAGUGUGAAAGUAGGUCGUUGGUGCUGGGCGGUACUGAAUUUAGCCAACCGUUCUGAGGACCCUCCUGGCAAUUCUGAUACUGUCUGAGCCAUGAGGUGAGACUAGAGAAGUUGAGGUGGAAGACUUUGCUUCUUUUGGAUAUUGUAGGGGCUAAGAGCCGCCAAACCUUGUGGGGUAAAAUGCAAGUCCACGGCUAGGCUUGUAGGCUAGGCUUGCAGGCUGUGCUAACAAAGGUGCUGUCUUCUUCCUCUUCUUGCCUCUGAUGGUGCCCCUUACCUCUGCCUAGCUGACCAAAUGGUGGAAACUGCUUUUGACUGACCAGUGGAUGGCAGCUGUGCUAUUGUGUCCCCUGGACUCCAAAGGGGCACAAGGUUUAUCCAUUCCAAAGUGACUUCUGAUUCAUUCUCCGCCUAAGAGGUCUUCCUUCUUGUGACUUUUCUUGGAGGCCAGCAGCAUUCCUGCACUUCAGGAAACUGUUUCAGCUCUUCCUUGGUGACUGUAAGGCAAAUUGGCAGGAAACAGUCCCCAUGGCCAAUGCGAUGAUCAGGGUGUCAUAGGCACACUCUCAAGUACUGCCCUGGGCACGUGUUUGACAGGCUGGUUAGAAGUGUGUGAUGUUGGGAUAUAUCCAUUUCUAGGGACCAAUGACCUCUGCCUUUGAACUUGGCAGUGACCACUAUGAGCUUCCUAGGGCUUCAUCUUCCUUGCUGUGGGAGAUCAUGUCUUCCCAAUCCCCACUUUUGGGUCUGGUUGCCUUGCAGAAGUAACCAGUUCCAAACCUAUUCCUGUACUCAGUAUUUUUUCUAUCUUUUCCUUCUGUACCUUGACUGGAAAUGCUAUCUCAGUGUUUAAGCCAAAAUCCAAAAGGAGAGUAACCGGUUUCUCCAGAGAGACUGCAAUUUGGGGGAGAGAAGAUGAAAAAUACGAAGUGAAUCUUGCUUCUCUAUUUGGUGGCUGACCACACAGGGCUUUGCUUCAAGACUCUGAGUGGAAUUCUUUGCAUCCGUGGUCCAGCAUCUGAUGCUGGUUCCUGCCUAACGGCCAGCCUGUCUUCUGUUUUCUCGGACAGACGAGAACAGGAGAGAGGUCCAGAGUCUCCCAGUGGAAAGGGUGCAGCAUCGCAUGGCACGAGCAGGCUCUGCACUCCGUCUCCACAGGCUUAGCUUAUACAUUUGGGGGAGACUUUGGCAGGAUUAUAACAAUUCCUUAUUGAUAUUUUUCCAGUGUGUUCUCUCUUGUUUUUUUGCACAGUGAUCUAAACUAUUUGAGGUUGAACAGAUUUUAGCUGUUCAUCCUUCUGCCCUUUUUAUAGAGAGAAAACUAGGUAAAGUUGGGAUGUGGGAUUGCUUUCUUUCCUCCUCCUGGUGAGGCAUCCCAGAGCAUUAGGGCAUCUUAGUUGCUUUCUAGGAUCUGUGUUUGAGGCUGAGGUAUGUGUAGCUUGAGCCAUUUCUUCUGAUUUUGGUAGCAAAAUCCUUUAGAGGGUUUGGGGUGGGCUGGGAGAAUUGUAGGUAAGUACAUUUUACUAGUAUGUAGAGAACUCUAGGAACUGAAAAGCUAAUGGCUUGGACUUGCUUUGCUUGCAUGUAAAAGUGCUUUGGGGGCACAGCAGGGACUUGGGGGUAGGAGGAUAGAGUCAAGGGCAGAGAUGGGGAUACAGGGGAGUACCACGGAUGCUUUCUGUGGGAUCCUGAGCAUUUUCAAUAGUGUUCAUUGACUUGGCCCUGCCCUUUUUUUCAGGCUCCAAGAUGGUGGAGGCUCGGUUUUGCUGCUUACCUUUGUCUCUUUGGGAAGAGCCUCCAGAAGAGCCUUAGUAGCCACUCUGUACUGAAGACAGUAGUUGAUAGGGCGGGUGUGGUUCAGGAAGAGAAGUUGAAGGGAUGGACCGCGGAGAGGAGGCUUGACCGUGUUCAGAUAUGCGAGAUGGAGACGGAUGGAGUAUGAAACCAGCUGUAGAGAGUACAGGAAUCCUGGGAGGAUGAGGUUAACACCCGAACAAGACACCAAGCCUCUCAUUCUCUUUGUGGCCACUCUGCCAGCCCGGAUGACAGUGCAGAUGGUUGAGGAGGAUCAUCACAAGGGACCGAGUGACUGUCAGGGAGGGCCAUGAAGAGCAGGUGCCCCAGGUGUGGGGAGGAUGUAGCCACUGAGCGCAGGUUGCGGGCGGGGCCUGCUGAACAGACCCAGGCUGGAUCUUGGAAGAAAUCUUGCUGAAGGCAGGGCUUUCUGCAUGUAGAACUGACCUCUACCGCUGAGUGCCGGCUACGGACUUCUUCAGUUUUUUUCUGUUUGCGGAAGCUUCAAAUGCCGUCAGUCCCUGCUCUCCAGUGGAGAGGGAAGGUUCUUCUCGGGAGCUUGGUGCUCAUUCUCCUGGCAGCUGGGGCAUGCUGUGCUUCUUCCUGUUUGUGUCUGAAAAUGCCCAUCAGACACUGGUGCUGAUGGUGCCCAGGAGGCUGGGCCUCCAGACUUGUCAGUCUUUCUUGAGCUGUAGAGAGUUCCUUCAUCCCGGAGGCUACACAGUGGUCUGGCGUCUAGAGGUUUUGUCUUCAAUUUCUCUUCCUUUGAUAGUUUAGAUUUACCACAGUGUAGCUAAGGGAGUGAAAUAAUUUCAUCUGAAAUCAGAGACCAUCUCUUCUGUACUCCUUACAGUAUCCAGCUUCCUCUUGGAUCAAGAGGAUAACUGAAAAAUCUCUUUAAGACAAGUUGAUAAACUGAGAAGCAAAGCUCUGGUUGGACUCUAUUAACUCUUACCAACUCAUGCAACUGGGUAUUGCGUGGGGUUGGCUUGUAACUCUUUCACCUUUUGAUGCUGAAUCAGCAUGGGUCCAGAACCUUCUAAUCUGGACCCCUGUCUAUACUUCCAAAUAAGCCUUUCAGGAACAGAUACACUGUCUGAACCAGGUGUUUGGUGUCUUAGAUUGCCAAGAGGGUAGAAUUUUUUUUCAUGACCUCAUUUAAAAUAAUAAUAACAAAAAUCCCUAAUCGAUUGAGUCUGUUUCAGAGACACUCCCAAAUCAUAGGGAUUCCUGUGUAGACUGGAAAAAAAAUGCAUUAGUGCAACUAUUUUUAGUGGCUGGCCGUGCCUUAGGAGGGAAGAGUUGGGGUAUCCUAAAUGCUAAGUAGUUGGGUAGAUCAGCAGCCAGUCAUUGAAUCACUCACUUGGACAUUCUCUUCUGCAGUGGGCUGGUUGUUAGUUGCAGCAGUUAGAGAUUCUGAAGAGCACUGGUGAACAGUGAUCAGCCUUGGACCCCUGGUUAGGGAAUUCAACCAAAGCAGCAGCAGAAGCUCAGCCUGCAGCUGGGGUCUUCACUGUACCUUUUUCCUACCCAACUUUCCCACCAUGAAUGACGGCCCCUGUUCUCCCGGGUACUGAAGAAAUGUAUCCCAGCAAUCCCCUCUCCCACUGGCAUUGGGUUUCCUGGAUCUGUUUUAGGAAGUAGAGCAAGCUCUUCCUCCACCCACAUUCACAUCCUUCAGGCUCUACUUCCUUCUCCCCACUUGUGUGUGGCUCCAGGACCUCUGGCUUCUGCAUGGUCUACAAUAGGGAGGUGAUCGGGCUGGGGAGAAUUAGGGAGGGUGUAGGGGUUGGACUGGGGAAGGGAAUUUUCAUUUUCAACCUUAAAAUACUGUAAGCAUGUUUUGGGGUGACCUGGGAUUUUCACAUAAACUAUGGCGAGGGAAAAUGCCUGAUGCUCCUCAUAGGGGAGAUGGGGACUCAGGGGACAUUUGGCUUUUUUUUGGCUUAGGAAUCUAUUUUAUUUGGUGGAGGAGAAUAAGCCUCACAGUUACCCUGUGAACCUUGGAAGGGUGGAAGGGAAGCUCAUUCUAUCCCCGAGUAGUUUUAUUGCCUACUGAGAACAAUUAAACAGUCUGUCACAGGUUGACAUUACCCUGGCUGGGUCGGAGAAAUGGAAAGAAGGCACCUGUUUCUCUGCCGGUGUCAGGUUAUCUGCCUGGUCAUGACCCCCUGGCCAACUGUUUAUUUCAGUGUUCAGAAGUAAGUGUAAUAUUAGAUGGGUGUGAGUAUCUGGGAUGUGUGGUGUGUGUGUGGGUAUGGUGUGUGCAGUAUGGUGUGUGCGGUGUGUGUGUGUGUGCGCGCGCGCAUGUGUUGUAUGGCUAUGAUUUGUACGUGAAUUUGAUGAGUGGGCAUGAGGGAACUGUAGAGACACCGCUUUGCCUGGCUAGCUUCAGGCCUAGUUAUGGCUGACUCUUUUCUUUGCGAGACAAAUUUAUGUUUGGGUAGGGGGGGGUCUUACUCGUAAUAUACCACCUUGAGUGUAUUUUUUAUGGAGAUUGUAUAUAAAAUUAUAUAAAUAUAUAUAUAACUUGUUCUAUUUUAAGAUGAGAUGAGACUCACUGGGGGGAGGGCAAGAAUCAGCUACAAUAGCCGUCACUAACAGUGGGAGCUUCGGGCAAGUUGUCCACGUGGGGAGUGGGAGGAUUGGGUGGGGACGAGAUGUAAGCCGGGCAGGAGUGGAGGCUUGUGCCCUCUGCAGACCUAUAGAAAUGUAAAGAAACCUUAUAUAAAGGUAUCUAUCUAGCAUAUCUAUAUAUCUAUAUAUCUAUAUGAAGUCAUAGUUCGCUUUAUUUUUGUACUUGUGCUUAGAGACACUUUGAGCAGUAUCACCUCCCCCAGGUGGUCCGGGGUGCUAGCUCAUGCCUUGAUGCCCACCUACUUCUCCAUCCCUCCAGAGACAUACUGUCCGUUCGACGAUUCUUGAGUCUUUCUGAUAGAAACGUGUAUAUAUGAAAACAUUCAAGUCAUUUGCAGGAAAGAGCGAGAGAGCUGAAGGUGGUACAUCUCCUUCCGGUAUGUCUCCUGUCAGGAGGGUUCCCUGACUCAUACAGUUCGCUAGAGGUGCUCAGUACAGAAAGGAUGAUGGAGAUCUAAGCAUGCUAAGCGUGACUCCAUGCCCCUGCAGCUAAGGCUGGUACUCAGUUCCUUGGAAAAAAAAAAAUCUAGCUCAGCAUCUUGGACAGAGGGAGGUCAGGGUGUCUGGGUCUUACCCCUUAACGCCUGUCCUGGUUUGUAGCACCCGGGCUCAAGCAGUUCCUUUGUGGAAGGUGGCAGUGAGAUUUUUGAGACUGACUGCGUGGGCUCUGUUUUGGAGAAGAUAACACCCUGGUAAUUAUUGCUGCAGAUUCUUGGAACCAGUGUGAAUGUGAUAUCUCGUAUAAAUAUAGCAUCUGUGCAUUUUCAUUUCUUUUUAAUUGGAAAAUGAAUUGUUGUCAGAAAUGGGGUGGGUGGUCUAGCCCUGGAACACUGAAUGGAAGAUCCGGGAUGAGAGACUGAUGCUGGGCUGGACUUGAAGGAUAAGUCCCACUGCUCUCUUCCUCCUCCUCAGCCUGGGACUCGGAAACUAGAUAAUGUGUUGGAAGGACGUGGUGCGGGUGGGAGGCGUUCAUUUGUGUCUGGGCAGGAAGAUGUGCACUCUGAGGAAUACCUCUUUGAGAAUUCGAGACCUCACCUAUGCUGGAAGGGCUAUGUGCCUUGCAGCCUAAGCGGGCAUCUCCUGGUGCUAGCUCUUUCUUCUCACGUGCCAAGUGAUCAGAGUGACAUGCUUGAGACCACUGCCGAAGCCAGGAGAGAUUCCAAGCUGUAGCCUAGUCUUUCUGCUUCUCACUCAAGAAAAGGCAGGAAAAGCCCCCUCUUCCCAAGUAGAACAUGAUGCUGGCUAAGAGCUCCUACCCCAGGUGCCUCAACCAUGGGAAGGACUUUUGGAGGUUUAGGGGUGAUAGGCAGAGUAGGGUGGUGUGGAGCCUUGAGUCUAACUCCUGACCCUUAGGGAGACCUUAUGGGUCCUUCGAUGUUCUGCUCAAAACACUUGAAUUUUUUCAAGGAUAUUGUAGGAUCAUGGGCACUGUCCAUGUGGUCCUGGAUGAACUCCAGCACUGGGGCUAACUGAAAAUUUGUCUGCUCCUACCUGCUGCCUCCUCGGGAGGCCAAAGGAGGAUAAGGCUAGGUGUUUCUUGUAAACUUUCUGAGAGCUUGGGCAAGAGGAAGAGCAGCAAAUUCUUUGUCCCUUCCUAGCUUGAGUCCCCUCCUCACUUACCAAAGAGGGGUUUCCAUACUAUUUUUUUUUUUUUUUUUUUGGUUCUUAGAGCCCACCUCUUCUCUUUGUGUGCAGACGCUAUCUCACUUCUGGUCACAAGAGAGACCAGCAGAGUUAAGCAUUUUAGCAUCUUAGGGCUCAUACUCCAUGAAGCCCAGGUUCGCUCUGACACUUUCCUCUUUCCACACUGAGCCAAAGGCUUGGUUCUUAGAAACCUCAGCAGCAUUCAAGACACGAGAUCACUCUUUGACUUCAUGAUGUCCGACUGGACCCUUCUGUGGAAAUGGGAAGAUGGACAUGUCCCUUACCCUGAAGUUUUAGGGCUUGGGCAAUGCAUUACUUUUAUGACCCUUUCUAUGACCCAGACCUCAGUAAGAUGGUAUACGGUGAGCAUUAGAGGAGAAAGGUCUGGUGACCCAACGCCAGUCACCUAAUCUGCGGAAGAGCCAGCUUUCUACAGGGGAAAACAGAACAAGGGUCAGUGUCUGACUGUACACACAAAAGAUGGGUUGUCAUCCUUGAAUCUCUCAGUCAAUGGGAGAGGUGCUCUGAUAAAGCUGCUGCCAGGACCCUGAACUCUUCUGUAUACUUGUGAUUCAUCUUGGUCCCUAUUCCAUGGGAAGGCUGUUGGGACUGUGAUGUUCUUCCCUAUUAGUAGGAGAUUGGGGAAGUCCAAAGAGAUUGAGUUUGGCUACCUCUGCUCUAUGGAAUGAAUGUGGAACAGAUCUGGAAUUUGCUCUCCCAAGGGUUGCUGUAGCUCUGUCCUUUCUCCGCUGCCCUCAAACCAGGAGCCUGGGGGAAAGGGGACACAUCCACCACUCCUCAGUUCUUUGCCUGGACCUCACCUUGUGUAAGGUACUCAUGCAGAAUCAUUUUUGGGAAAUAUUAACACAAAAGCAUGAGGUAGGUGGAGGACAGGACACAGCACCCCUCCUGUGGCUGAAGGACGGAUUAGGAUGCUGAAGUAGGGGGUUUUUGUCCUGUUGUUGAGGAAGUGACUAGUGCUUCCUUCAAGGACUGGUAGGAGUUUCUCUGUAGAAUGAUCUCGAUGUCGGAAUUUGAGGCUGAGAGGUCACAAAGGGAGCAGUGAACCACGCUCUGUUCACGGACUCCCAUAUGCCACUGUCGGAAAGUUGAAGCUCCAUUCAGAUUUAAUUUCUUAACUGCCAUGUGUGGGGCUGGAGGAUGAGGGCAGGCAUGGGGCAAGCUUUCCCUUACCUGUCCUCACGGAGUCCCUGACUGAGCAGAGGGCAUCCUGCUUUGGUCAGCAACUCUGGGGCCCCCUUUAUCACCACCUUUUUCUCUUUCAUGAGGAGGGACUAUAUCAUCUUGGACAUAUUUCUUCCCUCACCUAAAGGCAGUUUUUGUAUGAAUUCCUUUCCUCCUGUUACCUCCAUUGUCUGUAGACACAGAAAUGGGGAGGCAAGGGAUCCUGGAGCUCCCUGCCGGGGUCCCUCACAGACUGCGCACCUCUUGCACCUAGCAACCUCUUGGCUGUUAGUUUUAGCAUACCUGGACACGACUAUGAGUUUUGUCAUGAGAUCCCAUGCUCUCAUUUCAAACCUUUAUUAACCUUUGGCUUUCUUUGGGGCUCUCCCCAUCCAUGCCUGGUCUUCUUAUGGAGACCAUUCAGACCUCAUUUCCAUUUCUUGAAUGUUGAAUAUUAGUUACAUCACUGCGCUAGGGUGCUCCAUGGUGCUGCUCCUGAAGAGGCCAGCUGGACGGAAUCAGUCACCUUCGUCCCACUGGUUCCUUAGAGCUUGCUGUAUAUUGUCUCUAUUAGAUGUUCUUUCCUAGGGGGACUGGGGUGGGAGGUUUAGGGGUAGCUUUUGUGUUCUCUCACUUUCUCUCUCUCUCUCUCCCUCUCUCUCUUUCUCUUUCCUCCUCUUGCUCCUUCCUCUUUCUCUCUGUAUGUAUGUAUGGAUUGGUUAAAGUCAGUUAUCAUAGGCAGCUGACUUUGGUUCCAAAUUACAGUUAACCUACACUUUGUGCAGCUGCACACAGAACACCUCUGAGUGUGAAUCUGGAUGGCAACUAGAGGCAUACUUUUUGAACUUCAGGUAUGUAACUGAAAAGUAAAUAAAAAACACUAUUUUUUCAGUAAGCUUUUUUUUUUCUUCUAAAAGAUACCUUAAAAUUCAAACUAUAUGAACAUUGAAUUGGUGCUGUACCAAAGCCUUAUGACAUAUUCUACACUCUGUCUAUUCUGUCUCUGGGGAGCCCCCCUGCUUUAUCACUCUUUGGAAGCCUGGGAAUGCUGGUGUGUGUCAUCAAGCCUGGAGCUGGGUCCUGGAGACCUGUGGGCCAAGGGAACUCUUGGGGGCAGAAAAUGAUGGUGGAAGGGGGAGGGUCCCAUCUUCUGCCUGAGCAGAUACUGAAGGGAAACCAGGUGUUGGUGUGUGUGGCAUGCAUGUGCAUGCAUGUGUGCAUGAACUCACCAGUGCAUAGUGCCAAAGUGAACGCACUACCUGGGGAUGGAAAGAGAGACCCAGGUAGGACUGGGUGUAGGGUGGCCAUGGGAGUGAGGGGCAAGCUCCUUCCUGUUUCCCAUUUCCCCUUUCUUCUAGGUUAGUAGUGGAGGUGUAUCCAAAACAGCUACACUCUCAAACAGGUGCUUUCCCCUUCAAAAUCUCCAAACUAAGUUAUCUGUGAAGGGCCUGUCCAGGGGGCAGGCACCUCAGCUACCAAAUCCUAACCGCCUAAGGCUGGGAGGAACAUCUUUUCUCUCUAGCCCUUGCCUAGUUUCUUGGGGACAAAGGUUCCUCUAGGGAUCUCUGCAUCUCCUGUUCCUUGGCCUGGGUGGGCUUUUCAGCCCAUUGAGAAGGUCUCACUGUGGGUGACCCAUAGCUGUAUCUGCUCCGUGGUCCCAAUCCAUAAUGCCUGCCCUGGCUGCUGAGGACAGUGAUCCCGUGGGCCUCAGAUCUGUCAGUGUAAAAGCUGAGCACCCCCCUAAGAUUCAUUUGGGGGGAGCUGUGCGGUCUGCCUUGGCCUGGACUGCUCUUCCAGGCUUCACCUGCUGGCUCUGUCAGGCUUGCUGAAACUAACCAACUCAUCACUGAUAACACUGCAUGCUCAUUUCUGCAAACAAGCAACAGUACAUAAGCAAACACAGGACAAGAGAGAGAAAGAAGGCAUGGUGAAUAGCCAGAUGUGUAGCCAGCGAAGGCACCCUUGGGGAUGUUGCAAGCUAAGCUGAUUAACAAAGCAUUUAGUAUUUAAUUGCUCCUCAUGUAACAUUACUCUGCUUCAGAAAUGUUUUGUAUUUUGAUAUA